AUGCUACAAGGCGUGUCUGAGCUGGCAUCUGCAUUUCCUUCCUCCGGCGGUCAAUACCACUUCACCUAUAUCAUCGCACCGGAUCGGUUCAAGAAUAUCUCAGCCUUUGUCGUCGGGGCCAUCAACGUCGUCGCUUGGUGGGUGAAUACAGCAUCAGGAACGAUAUACACCGCAAUAUCUGCUUUUGGGAUCUGCCAGUUCUUGCGUGAUGACUUUGUUGGCACCCAGUGGCAGGUCUACCUCUGUUAUCUGCUGCUUAUAUUCCUCACCUUACUUCCUCUGUUCAUUAUCCCUCAGCGUCAGAUCGAGAACCUAACAAAAGCAUCAAUGUUUGCCUCAAUCCUCGGCUUUGUGUUGGUAGUCAUUAUCUGUCUGGUCAUGGGCCGAGGCCAGUACCAUCCCAGUAACCUGGUCGAAUAUCGAUCGACAAGCGGUUGGUCGCCUGCUCCAAGCUGGUUACUCGGUAUUGGAAACGGAGAAUAUGCAUUCGUUGCUGCUGGAGCCUGUGUGCAUAUCGCAGAAGAGAUUCCUCAGCCAAACCGCAGGAUCCCACUGGUCAUAAAUCUUACUAUUUUCAUCGGUAUCCUAACCCUCAUCCCCUCAAUAAUUGCUAUGACCUGCGUACUUCAAGACAUGGACGCCGUCCAGAAGGCUUUUCUUCCAAGCUUGGAGCUAUUCUAUCAAGCCACCGGUAGCAAAACUGCAUCAGUUUUCCUGCAGGUUUACCUCACCAUCUUAUACUAUUCGUGCGUUCCAAGCCAGUGGAUUACAAGCAGUCGGAUGACUUGGGCCUUCUCUCGCGAUAAUGGAUUGCCUUUCUCUCAAUACUGGGCAGAGGUGGAUGAGAAAAGAGCCAUUCCAGUACGGGCUCUUCUCCUAUCUGCUGGAUUUUGUGUCAUAUACGGUUUGCUAUACAUUGCCAGUACCCAAGCCUUCAACUCUAUCAUCAAUACUGCGGUCUUGAUGCUUAACAUCACAUACACUGUCCCUCAAGGGAUUUUGGCCACUCAAGGGCGGCACCGGCUUCCAGCUCGAUAUUACGACCUAGGGAUCUGGGGAUAUGCUGUGAAUGUCUUCUCUGUGAUUUGGCUAAUCAUUAGCGGCAUUUUCUUUUGCUUCCCAACAAGCAACCCGCCAACGAUCGGAAACAUGAAUUAG